AUGAUGUCAGCCAAAGGACAAGAUCGAUAUCUCGCUGCACUUGAAUUAUCCUGGAAAACAUCUACAGCAAGGGAAACUCUUGCGAAUUUUGCGGAAGAUGUUGCUGCUCAUACAAUGAACAACAUCUCAAGUCUUGCGUCUCCUACGUUUCGUGUUCUUGGUGUUGGCAGUGGAAAUGGGAAAAGUGAUCUGAGAAUUCUAAAUUCAAUAGCAACAGCUAUCAAUUCUUCACAAAAGAAGAAACCAGUGAUACACACGGCCAUCGUGGAACCCAGCAGUGUAUUGAUACAGGAGUUCAAGUCAUCAUUAACAUCGCUACCGCAGCCAUUGAAAAGUUUGGCGGAUGUUUCGUUCGAAUGGCACAGGAAGACCUUCCAGCAAUUUCUGGAGUCUUUACCACAUGAAGAGUACUUCGACAUGAUUCAUUUUGUAGCAGCUCUGUACUACAUGGAUGCUGAAAGCUCCUUAAAGGGCUGUCUUCAGCUGCUUGCUAACGGCGGAGCCAUGUUCUGCACAGUUGGACCAAAGAAAUCGUUUUUCCCGAAGCUGGCCGUGAAACUUAACACGGUUGGUGUUGAACUUGUCAAACUUGGCCUGGUGAACAAACUCUACACUGAGGUGGAUGUUGUGGAAAUUGCUCAAAGGAACAACUGGAAAUACAAAAAAUUAUGGACUGUCCAGUACAAUGCCGAAAUCACCAGCUGUUUCGACGAGACAUCUGCAGAUGGUGCCUUGCUUCUCGAUUUCCUAACCCACCAAGAAAACUUCCGAGCUAAUGCCGACAAAAUGGCUUAUAAAGAAGUCAUGGAGUUUUUGAAGAAAGAGUGCACUACCGAUGAAAUUGGAAAGAAAUUUGUUAAACCGGAAAUCACUUCAGUUGUAAUUUACAAGUAA